CAGAAAGACGGAUCUGUUGUUCCCCAGACGUAAACGGUACCACGUUAGGAAAGAGAGAAGGACCCGCCAGUUACUUCACUCGACCAUCUCUGUCUCUCUCUCCCUCCUUCCUUCUUUCUCACUCCCCUCUGCAACCCUAGACACAAAUGUGCACCAUCUUUUUUCUGAAAAGCUUCUCUGAAACCGAUUCACCAUUAACUGAGCUUGACAUCUCUCUCUGUACCUCUCUUCAACUUCUGUUAUGUAGUUCGGGAGUUCAGAAGAUUUUGCGUUUGAGCUUUGAUGGACUGAUGGUUCAUUCUCCCUGAAAUUUUCUGGAUUUUUCUUUCUUUUAUGUAGCUGGAAAUUUCGAACUUGAAGCCUAAGUAGAUUGGGCUUUCUAUUUCUAUUUCUAUUUCUCCUUUUGCUGCAGUGAAUGUAGGUAUUCCUGAGAAAUGGAGUCUUCUUUCUCUGUCCCCCUCAAGGUCUCAACUAGAAUGAUUACGUACGGCAUGUAGGUUUCGAUUUUGGAUAAAGAACAAAAUUGUGUCUUACCUUCUUUGAUUUGGUAAUUAGAUAUCAAGGUUCUUUACAGAUUUUGAGUUACUGAAGGAUUCACGUGUAGUGUCUGCACUCGAGCAGUUCGAGAAUGGCGAAAUGUAGUUGGCAUAUUAUACGCUUGUUCAUCAUUCUGUUAUCCUGUACAGCAUUUGAGUAAUCUAAGAUUGAAACUCUGAUGUGAUCUAUUUGGCUCUCUAGUGUUGACAUUUUUUGAAGAAACAGGCAGAGUACUGGUCUUCCAUCACCGUUGUGGACUAGUUGUGAAAGGCUUUUGGAGGGGAGAGUUGAUGAUUUCAGGAAUUAGUGGAUCGGUUCAGAUGAUGAAUUUUCAGUGGUUCAAGCAUUUGAGUCAUCAAAGAUUGAAAUUCUCCGACAUGAUCUGUUUAGUUCGGUCUGUUUAGCUCUCUAGCUUUGAGCAAAUUUUGAAGAACAGGCUAAGUGCAGGCCUUCCGUCACCGUCGUGGACUAGUUGUAAAAAAGGGUUGCGGAGGGCUUUUGGAGGGGAGAGUUGAUGAUUUCAGGAAUUAGUGGAUCGGUUCAGAUGAUGAAUUUUCAGUGGUUCAAGCAUUUGAGUCAUCAAAGAUUGAAAUUCUCCGACAUGAUCUGUUUAGUUCGGUCUGUUUAGCUCUCUAGCUUUGAGCAAAUUUUGAAGAACAGGCUAAGUGCAGGCCUUCCGUCACCGUCGUGGACUAGUUGUAAAAAAGGGUUGUGGAGGGGAGAGUUGAUGAUUUGAGGAAUUAGUGGAUCGAGAUGAUGAAUUUUCAGUGGGUCAAGCAGGUAUCAAGCCAUGGUAGAUCCAAAAGGAGGCUCUCGCUUGGAGAAUAUAAACGAGCCGUUUCCUGGUCCAAGUAUUUGAUCUCCUCUGGUGCAGAAAUAAAAGGAGAGGGUGAGGAAGAGUGGAGCGCCGAUUUGUCUCAGCUGUACAUCGGGAAUAAGUUUGCAUCGGGGCGGCACAGUCGUGUCUAUCGCGGAACAUACAAGCAGAGAGCCGUGGCGAUCAAGCUGAUAAGCCAGCCUGAGGAAGACGAGGGGUUGGCUGUUAUGUUGGAGAAACAGUUCACUCAAGAGGUUGCCUUGCUCUUUCGUCUCCGGCACCCUAAUAUUAUCACUUUUGUUGCAGCAUGUAAGAAACCUCCUGUGUUCUGUAUUAUCACUGAGUACUCAUCAGGAGGCUCACUUAGAAAAUACCUCCAUCGGCACGAGCCAAAUUCCCUUCCACUAGAUCUGGUCUUGAAAUUGGCCCUUGAUAUUGCUCGCGGAAUGCAUUAUCUUCAUUCCCAGGGGAUACUCCACAGGGACCUUAAAUCAGAAAAUCUACUUCUUGGUGAAGAUAUGUGUGUGAAGGUAGCUGAUUUUGGGCUCUCAUGCUUGGAAUCUGAGUGUGGCAGUGGAAAGGGGUUUACAGGUACAUACCGCUGGAUGGCACCUGAAAUGAUAAAGGAAAAACAUCACACGAGGAAAGUUGAUGUAUACAGUUUUGGCAUAGUCCUUUGGGAACUUCUAACAGCAUUGACCCCUUUUGAGGGCAUGACAUCAGAACAGGCUGCUUUUGCAGUCUCCGAGAAGAAUGCUAGGCCUCCAUUGCCCUCCGCAUGCCCAGUGGCAUUCAGCCAUCUCAUAAGUCGAUGUUGGUCAACUAAUCCAGCUAAACGUCCUCACUUCGCUGAGAUUAUUUCAAUUCUUGAAUGUUACUCUGAAUCCCUUGAACAGGAUCCAAAUUUUUUCUCAACCUACAAACCCCCUGAAAAUCAUACAUUUCUGCGAUGCAUCCUGAAUUGUAUACCAUCCAUAGGUUCACUUCGUUAAAAACAUUCCUAUGUGGAAUUUAUGCAAUAAGUACCUCAUUAUUCUUACUUUUUUUUUUUUCUUCAGUGAUUGUUUAAUGUUAGGAACAAAAAGAGUUUCUUUCCAUUGUCAAUGCAUCUCCACAUGCAUUUACAUUUUUUUAUGUGGAGUUGUACUUUUGAUCUUAAACUUCGUAAGUUAUAGAAUAAUAUUUUUGAUGGCCCAA